AGUUCCCCACGUGCGCGGCCGCCAUGCUUCUCAUCAAUAGCGCCAACGCCCAGAUGGCAGCCUUUGCUGUUGCCACCGUGGGGUGGGUCCUCACCACCAUGUCCAUGGGCCUCGUGGAGUGGCGACGGUGGUACUUGAACAGCACCUCUCUCUCCCCCUCUGGCCUGGUGUGCGUGGGGUUGUGGAAAGUCUGCCUUUACCAACGUGUCGGGGACUACAGCAGGGCCAGGUUUUGUUACCAGUACAGCUACCGUGAUACUGGCCUCCCUCUCGGUCUUCGUAUUUCUCAAACUCUCCUGCUGGUCGCCAGCAUUCUAGGCCUUUUGGGGAGAACGUCCGUCAUCUUUGCCCUUAGGAAUGCGUACGCGGGAAUUCUUCAGAAGAGUGCCACCUUCAGUCCAUUUACUGCUUCUGGAAUUCUGAACCUGGUUUCCAGCAUCUGUGUCUCGAUCGCUGUGGUGUGGAAUUACCGCUCUGUGAUGAACGGAGAGGGUAUUACCUUCCCCACUUCUCUCUCUCUACCCCUCAAGCCGAGUACUCAGGAGAUUGGCAGUGCCCAUCUGGCGGCAUGUCUGGCUGCCUUCACGAUGGUGUUGAGUAGCUUGCUGUUCCUCUCUUGCAAAUUCCACGCGGUUACCCAAGUGCACCUUGAAACCGCAGAGAUGUAAAAUUCCAGUUGCGUUGGCUUUGAGAAUCCAGGAUGACCAAGAGUUUAUGAGAAGUUUUAGCAAAAUGUGCUGUCAUACAUUUCCAAAGAUUCAAGACCAUGUUAAAGNGUUUUGGGCAGAAGGUGGCCAACUAUUUCCUUACUUUACCUUCUGUGUCUUUGUUUCAUCGAUUCACCAGUUCAUUGAAUUGAAAAUUCCAUUAAAAAAAAAA